CUCUCUCUCUCUCUCCAGUUCCCCAUCCCACCAAACCAUUUGCUCCCCAAUCCCCGACGAGUCGGAAGGGAUCGGAGGCGCAAUCUCCUGAACAGCAUCCUCCAGCGAGGCGCCGACGCACUGAUUGUCCAAUCUGAGUGCGUGGCUCCCUCAAAUUGGCCUGCUUGCGCUAUCAACAGAAGCAACUGUUGAUCAGCCCAAAAUGCCUGUAAGCUUCAAAUAUUGGGAUGACUGCUUGGAUCCAGAGGAUAUGAGAUUAAUGUGGCAAGAUCCUAACGUAAGUAAAGAGUGGGCUGAUGCUGGGGAAGAACAGGGACAGAAAGUUCACCUAUCACGGGACCCUGAUGGCGAGGCAUAUCUCACGCAAACUGAAAUGAUGGCAGUGGCUGGAAUUACUGUUCAUAGACAUUUCCAAUCGCAACUAGACCCGUAUAUGAUAGGCGCACUUGCAGAAAUUGCAAGUGGAAGGAGACUCUUUGUAGAUACCUACGAUCGCAAGACUAAAGAGACAAAGGCUGGCAUGAUGCAGGUGAUACCUGAAGUUGCUCAAUGGCUUAGCAGGGAACUGGGUUACAAGAAUUAUGACAUUGAAGAUAAUAUCAAUUUGCUCUACUGGCCAUUUGUAAAUGUCUACUUUGGUGCUGCUUACGCAAAAUGGCUGUUCUCUUGUGAUGACAAGCAAAGAACUGAAGAAUUUGUUGUUAGGGCAUAUAAGGGAGGCAAAAAGAAGGCUACUCACAAAUCAACUGCCCCAAUUUUCCAGCGUUAUCUUUAUGUGAAAGAGAGCUUGUUGUCUAUAAGACAACCAGAAAAUUGCAAUGAUCUUACUCCUGAUAUCCUAGCAGAUUCCUCAAGCACAGGAACACAGUUGAUAUAUUGGGAUUCCAAGGUAUCAGAGGGAGAUAUGGAUGCAAUGUGGAGACAUCAUGAUGUGCUUAAGGAGUGGACAAAAUCUGGUGAGAGACGUGGAAAUGUACGAUUCUCCCUUGAUGCAAAGAAGAGGCCUUACCUUUCUCGCGUGGAGGUGAAGGCUGUUGCUGAAAUAACCAUAUCACGCCAUUUGAGCUCAAGAGGAGUAAAACCGGAAGCUCUUGCGGCUCUUGCAGAGGUAUGCAGUAUGCGCUUUGUCCAUGGAGUAAGUACCCGGACUGGAUUGAUGGGAAUAGACUACCCUACUGCCGCAUGGCUUUCCAGAGAUUGUGGCUAUAGGGCGUACACAGUCAUCUCUGUGGAUGAUCUCUACAAUCCUUUUGCAUCCAUGUACUUUGGCGCCGCUUACUUGGGAUGGUUGUCGCAAUACGAAGGAAGGGAAAGGAGCCAUGAAUUCAUUGUUCAAGCUUACCUGGGGGGACCAGAAAAUGUUAACGUCCAGGAAACUGGCCCGUUUUGGAACCAAUUCCUGGAAGUAUUAAAACACUAUCAAGAUCCAAAGAAGGACCAUACAAGCUGUUGUAUUUUGUGAAGUUGUCUGAUAUGUCUCUGUGGUUGCUGAAGUGAUUUGAGUGUAAACAGAAUAAGGGGUUUAUGCGGAUGGCAAGUUACGAACUUUCGUCGACGUUUCGCCAAAUUUCAGAUUACCUCCCCAAGGAUUCGGCAUUAAGAAGCAGCGCGUUUGUAUGGACUCCUUGAGGUGUAGGGCCUAUCCUUUCGUAGUGAUUGUCUGAUCGAUCCCAUCGCUGUUCUUAGUGCCACUUCCCGCUACAUCUGUUCAUAACCGUUUUUUCCCCUGGUGAAUAUAUUAACGGCAUUUCCGCAUGACUCUUUACGUGUAUUGGUAUAUUGUAAAACUCAUUUUGUUAUAAAGGAACUUUAGAAGAAAAGCUCUCUUA